GGAGCUGCAGUGAACGCACCGCUCGUAACCAAGGCAAUGACGCUCGUUUUGGUUCCCUUGCAAACGCCUAGCUUCAUUGCUAGCCUGGCCAAUCGGACAGAUUUUCGUCCAACAACCAGCGCCAAGUAACUCAUUUAGGACAUCCUGUGUUUGCGUAUUUGCUCAAACGACAUUACUGUGAGCGUUACCAACGCACGGUAUCGCUCGUGCAGGUUUUUUCUUCUUCUUCCAAAUCUGUUUUAAAUUAGCAGCACAUCAUCCGUGCCAUUUUAAGCUUCAAGCUAACCGAAUAAGUGACGAGAACGUUAGCUCCACAGCCAACAUGACUGAAUUUGGGUGUAACGAGUAUCAUCACAACGAGGUGAUCAACUACAUGCGAUUCGCUCGAUCCAAACGCUUGUUAAGUCUCAAGACGGUGGAUUCCUGCUUUGAAGAACUCAAAGACAGCAGGCUGGUGGAGGAGACGUUCACGGUGGACGAGGUGCGCGACAUGCUGGACGGGCUGCAUGCGGUGUUGCGCGGCGAGGUAGAGAUGGAGCUCAUCAACACAGCGCACACCAACGUCCUGCUGCUGCACCAGCUCUUCUUCCAGGCCGAAAAGUACUACCUGCGCCUCCAGACGGAUAUCUCCGAGCUGGAGAACAGGGAUCUGCUCGAGCGAGUAGCUGAAUUUGAGAAGACUGAUUUUAAAGUCUCCGAUAAGGCGAACCAGGACAGCAGCAACCCCAAGCUGGCGCCGCUAAACGAAGGCGGGGUUUCGGAACUUCUCAACAAGGAGAUCGCAAAACUCCAGGAAGAGAACGAGACCCUGAAAGGCAAACUGCGCACUUUAGAAACCCAGGCAAUGAAUGUGCUGGAGGAGAAGACAAAGGCCCAGAGAGCCCUUCAAGAUCUCCAGAAGGUGCAAAGCAGCCAUCAGAUGAUGGCUCACUCCAAGGAGAUCAGCGGCCUGGUGGAUAGAGUGGCUGCCCUCAACAAGGACUACGAGCGCUCGGUGACCAUCAACGCCACCUCCCAGAAGGACCUGCAGGAGAACCUGGUCUCGGCCAAACACGAACUCCUUCGAGUGCAGGAGCAGCUGGCUUUGGCCGAGAAGGAGCUGGACAAGAAGUUCCAGCAAACGGCGGCUUAUCGGAACAUGAAGGAGAUCCUAACAAAGAAGAACGAGCAGAUUAAGGACAUUAGGAAACGACUGCAGAAAUACGAGCCCAACGAAUGAGUCGAAGUCCAGCAGGGGAGAUGGAAGCAUCCAUCGUGACGCAAGCAGAAUAAAGCAGCACUUUAGUGAGAACUCAUUUAUUCAGGCUUAAUCAAGACUUUUUUUUCCCACUCUUGUCGUUGGCUUCUGGUUCUGGACGUGCCCUUCAGAACUUUCUCCAGUUGGAUCAAGUACAUGUUUCUUACAAGAGGUCUUCAGUGAAUUGGACUCUGAUUAAAAAAAAAAAAAAA